AAACCACUCAUAACUUCCUAUACUUGAAAACAACACGACAACCGCAUGUUCGAGGAUUUAAGAAGCCUCUGAUCUUCCAUUGGUUUUCUUCUGCUCUUUUGUUUGUUUUUUUGUUAAAAAAGCAAAUUUGGCAUUGAUUCGUCAGUUUCUGACACUUCCCGUUUGAUCUUUUCUGCGAUAACAGUACACAGCUUAGUUUCAAAUACUAUAUUUGUUGAUCUUUUAUUCUAAAUUCUCUAAUCUUUCUUUUCGAAUUUUGUCAUUUCGCUAAAUACUUGAAUUAAAAACCCGAAGGCUUAUAUUGCAGCUGAAACUAUACCAAGGUUCUUUGGAACGCUUCUUUAUUUUAUAGAGCAUUUUUUUUUUCUUUUCUUCUAUAACCACUGAUUCACUGACUUACUACUUUGAUUUCUUACUUUUUAUUUGAAAAUUCUCUUGCGCUUACUAUUUCCCUCACUUAUUAUGACAUCGUCAUCCCGUUGUAGUCAAUCUUUAAAGAAAAAUGGAAUUUCAACACUCUUCCUGUCUAUAGUUGUUAUACUCAUGGUGCAGGUCGUGUCGUACUUCCAUAAUUCCUUGCUUACCCCAGUCGACAGUCUUUACAAACCUGAUGGUACCUCACAAUUUUCUGAAAGGGCGGUUAUGAGACAUGUCAAGGAGCUUUCCGAAAACAUAGGCUAUCGAAUCCUUGGUACAAUUGAACAAGACCGCGCUCGUCAAUACAUUAUGGACGAGGUCUUAGCCACCCAAAAGAACUUACAGAAUAGUCCUUAUUCGAAUACGCAUGAAAUUGAGGUUUUUUACGAAUCUGGCGAUGGUGCUCAUCUUUUCGACUUUAUGAAUAAAUAUGUAAUUAAAAAGUAUCACGGUUUGAAGAAUAUCGCUGUUCGUCUCAGUAAUGGAACUGAUGCUUGCAAAGAGGAAGCUAUUUUGAUCAAUGCUCACGUUGAUUCUACUCUGCCUAGUCCCGGCGCUACCGAUGAUGCUCUAGCCGUGGGUAUUCUUCUAGAAAAUUUGCGUGUUCUUUCCUCUCAACCUAUUCCUUUAACCCAUUCAAUAAUUUUUCUCUUCAAUGAUGCUGAAGAAUCCUUGCAGGAUGCUUCUCAUCUGUUUAUCACUCAAAGUAGCUUAAAGGAUACCGUAAAAUGCGUCGUAAAUCUCGAAGCUUGUGGAACCACUGGUGCUGAAAUCUUGUUUCAAGCUACAAGUAAUGAAAUGAUUAAAGCAUACUCUCAUGUACCUCGUCCUUUUGGCACGGUUUUAGCUGAUGAUGUUUUCCGUACAGGCAUUAUCAUAAGUGAUACGGACUUUCGCCAAUUCGUUCAAUAUGGAAACCUUACUGGACUGGAUAUGGCCGUUGUCCAAAACAGUUAUCUGUAUCAUACGAAGAAAGACCUCGCCCCGUAUAUCACUCCCGGUACUGCCCAGCAAUUUGGCGAGAAUAUUAUGGCUAUUCUUCGUUACUUAACGUCUCCUGAGGCUGACAUGAAAAAUAUGGGUGAAUCUAACACCGUUUAUUUUUCAAUCUUGAACCGAUUUUUCUUCAUGUAUUCAGAUGUCACUGCCAGGAUCUUGAACACUGCUGUUGGUGGGUUGGGAAUUUAUCUCUCAAUUAAAGGUUCUGAGUCCAUAAUUGUACCCUUCUUGUUUCAGCUUUUCACAUUGUUUUGCGCUUUUCUUUUCCCUAACAUUUGGGCGUUCGUAUUCGGCAAUGUCUUAGACAGAGGAAUGAGUUGGUUCCGUAAUGAGAGUUGGCCCUUAUUUAUUUACUUGCCUGUUAUUAUUGCUUCCAUUAUCUUUUCCUCUUGGAUAAAUAAAAAAUCAGAGUAUCAAACUUUUAAAGCCACGGUCUUACUAUAUUCUUUGAUAACUUUAGUACCUUUGCACUCUGCUUACCUUUUUACUAUUAUAGACUCUUUCAUGAUACUCGCUUUAUUAAUUAAUGACUGGGUUUUGGCGAAACAGAAAACAGUUCAUCUGUUGAGCUACGUAAUCGGAUCAAUUGGUUCUUUAACUGCUGGCCUUGAAGCCAGUACUACAAUGCUCGAUAUCUUUGUACCUCUGACUGGUCGUAUUGGAAUUGAAAAAGUUGCUGAUCAUAUUAUUAGUUGUAUUUGCGUUUGCUCUGUCUAUAUUAGCUUCCCUCUCUUUUCAGCUUGGAUUCAACGUCUGCGUUCUCCCCGUUUCCUAAAGCUUGGUUUUCUGUUGUCCAUACUAAUAGCUGGAAUUAGCUCUUACGUUUUAGGAGGACAAGAAACUUUCUAUGACGCGUUACAUCCUCGACGAGUUUUCAUUCAACAUAUGGAGAAUAUCACAUCAAAUGAGUUUUCUUUGCAUGUUGCCACCGCUGAUUCUGCCCCAGGAUUUGAGAAACUUGUAUAUGAUGUGGCUAGUAAAGUCUCCGAGGAACCUGUUGUUCAAACAGAAAUAGAUGAUUGGAAUUCUGAUUGGGAUACAGUAUAUCCUUUCAGUCAAUUCCUUGGAUCGUAUCGCAUCCCUCUUAAUGAAAAAUCUAACUUUGAGUACAAACCCCGUUUGUCUUUCUCUGAUAAAGUGAUAGAAAAUGGAAUUGCUAAUGUUACGGUAACUGUUGACUAUCCUGGAUUGAUCUGGACAGUCAUAUCUUUUGACGCAAAUGUGAUAUCUUGGUCUUUGCCGGAGGUACCUGCACAUGUGCGCAGACAUCAUAUUCGUGAAGUAAGUGCCUAUGGCAUCAAUUCAUAUUCUUUCAAUAUGAGUUAUAUCGAUGAGCCAAUAUUUUUUGACUUUGUAGGUCUCGAUGCUAUAGGGCACUAUCCUUCUAAAUUUGUGGAAGGCCAAAAUCGUCCUAGUAUGCGCAUGUGCUCAAGUUUAAAUGAUGACUACUUGCCGGACUGGACGGAUGCUCUUUGUAUUGGAGUUGUAUCUGCUUCCUUUAAGUUAGACUAACUUAAUAAUUUUGUUAUAUAAUCCUUAAAAAAGUUCUGUAAAUAAAUCUUAACCAAAUGAAGUUUAAAUGCAAUUUUAUAUAGAAAUUUUUGGAUUUUUUGAGGUCAAAUAAGGCAGCUAAUUUUUAAAGACUCACAUCCCUUGUGCA